AUGCUGUUGUCUGCCGGGCGCGGCAAGUCUUGGCUCCAAGGUCUUCCUGUUCUCGGCCGAAGCGUUUCGCGGAACAAGUGGUCUCCUUCUGUUUCGUCCAGGCAGCACAGCCCUGCGAAGAACGCUCGCACUCUCGAGGGAGAGAGAUUUGCCUCUGCUGGGUCAAGGUGGGCAGGCAACGCAGGUGCACCCAUGGCUGGCAAGGUCACGCCCGUGAUGCCCGGCCGGGCCGGCAUGGCUGAGGAGCCGGCAGGGAUGGACACCGAAGCCAUGCUCCUGGAAGGGCUCGCGGAGAUCCCCACGAUCAGCCGCGCGUGGUGCAUGCCGUCCGCUAUCGGCGGGUGCGACAUCCAGGUGCUCUUCUCGCAGCGCGACUUCGCGAGCAACACCCUGCGCAAGUUCAUGUCCACGGUGCACGUCCCCGUGUCCGUGAUCAUGGGCGCGGCUCCCUGCAUGGUCCCAGCGCUGCCUUGGCAGCUCCGCCCUGACGUCGUCGCGACCGCUCCGUCCCCCUCCGGCCGCCACAUGCUCGUCGUUCGCGGCGGCUCCACGAAGGACCCGACGAUCCUCGAAAUCUGGGGCGGCGGGCGCCUCAUGCGCGAGCUCGAGGUUCCCGCGACCAUUCACGGCGCCGUCUACAACGACGGGUGGUUCUCGGACGGCGCGGCGUGGUCGCCGGACGAGACGCGCGUGGCCUACGUCGCCGAGGCUCCGCGCCGCGAGCAGACGCCGGAGUGGGGCAAGAAGGUGCCCGCCAGCUCCACCGCCGCCGCUGGCGACAGCAGCAAGGAGCCGCGCGCCGGGCCGAAGGGCUGGCGCGGCAAGGGUCCGUGGCAGGAGGACUGGGGCGAGUGCUACGCGGGGAAGCCGGACCCGCGGCUCUUCGUGCUGGACCUCGCCAACUACGACGUGCGCGCCGUCGAGGGCAUCCCUGCGGACCUGUCGGUCGGGCAGCCGCUCUGGGCGCCCAACGGCGAGCACCUCGUCUUCGUGGGCUGGAAGCACUCCCCGGAGAACCUCCCGCAGACGCACAAGCGCCUCGGCAUCGUGUACUGCCUGAACCGACCAUGCAGCAUCUACGCCGUGCACUGCCCGCCUGGCACCGCCGGCGACGGGGGCGCCGUGGACCUCACGCCGGGCUGCAUGUCCGCGCACUCCCCGCGGUUCACCCCGGACGGCUCGAUCGUGGUGUUCCUGUCGCACGAGCAGGCCUGCACCACGGGCGUGCACGCGUCGACGGGGGCGCUGCGGUGGAUGCCGUGGUCCGACGGGAAGGGCUGCGCGGGCCCGGACUUCUGCGCCAAGGCCGAGGAGCGCACGAUGAUCUCCGUCGUGCACCCGCCCGGCACGUCGAGCGAGUUCCCAGGCCUCUACGCCACGUCGCUCCCCUCCUCGCCCUUCCUCGCGGACGGCCACACCAUCGUGAUCAACAUGCUGUGGCGCAGCGACCUCGUCAUCGUCGAGGUCAACACCAUGACGGGCGAGGUCACGCGCAUCACCCCCCCCGGGCCCGGGUCGGGCUCGUGGAAGCUCCACGACCUGCAACACGACGUGAUCGUGGCCUCGAUGUCGGCGCACGGCGUGCCGGACCGGCUCAUGGUGGCGCGCAAGGCGCACGGCACGUGGAUCUGGGAGCCCAUCUCGGUCGCGACGCCGGAGCCGUACCGCCCGGAGGUGGAGGCGGCGCUUGCCGACAUGGAGUAUCAGAUCCUGCAGGUGCCGUACAGCCGGGCGGACGGGGGCGCGGCGGGCGAGGAGGUCGGCGAGGGCGACGACGCGACGGAGGCGACGUUCGAGGCCAUCGUGCUGCGGUCGCGGAACGCAGGGAGCGGCCCGCAGCCUGCGGUGCUGUGCCCGCACGGCGGGCCGCACGCCGCGUUCACAACCGCGUUCACGAUGCCGUACGCGUUCCUCACGAGCCAGGGGUACACGGCGGUGCUCGUGAACUUCCGCGGGAGUCUCGGGUUCGGCGAAGACUCGGUGCAGAGUCUUCCGGGGAAGAUUGGCGACCAGGACGUCCGUGACUGCCUGGCGGCGCUCGACGUGGCGGUGGAGGCCGGGCUGGUGGACCCGGCGCGCGUGGCCGUGCAGGGCGGGUCGCACGGCGGCUUCCUGACGGGACACCUCAUCGGACAGCACCCGGAGAAGUUCAAGUGCGCCGCCAUGCGCAACCCGGUGUGCAACCUCGGGCUCAUGGUCGGCACGAGCGACAUUCCGGAGUGGUGCUACGUCGAGGCGCUCGGGAGCGAGGCCGGCAUGAAGCGGUUCCGCGCCAACCCGUCCCCGGAGGACUUGGAGGUGUUUAGGGCAAAGUCCCCCAUCACCACCGUGGACAACGUGAACUUGCCGCUGCUGGUGCUGCUGGGCGCGAAGGACGCGCGCGUGCCGUUCACGGACGCGAAACAGUACGUGACGGCGCUGAAGGACCGCGGGGAGUCGGCGCCCGACGUGCGCGUGCUGGUCUUCCCGGAGGACAAGCACGCGCUGGACAAGCCGCAGACGGAGUUCGAGAGCUGGAUGAAUAUCCUCGCGUGGCUGAAGAAGUACAACCCAGCGUCGACGCCGUGA